AUGCACCCCUCAGAAUUAGAUGCUAGGAUUAGAGUGCUCCCACCCUGCUUUGAGGUUUGCCAUUUCCAGAAUGGUUGGACUGUGCUCUCUCAGAUCUCUGGUAGAGAGAGGAAAGAGAUGGUGUGCAUCUUAUUGGGAUGCUUAGUGGGAAAAGUUCCUCGACAGGUCAUACUUGCAUACCGCUCCUUACUGGACUUCAUCUAUUUAGCUCAGUACCCCACUCACGAUGAUCAAACCCUAAGCUAUCUUCAAGAUGCUUUGGACAUGUUUCACAAGCAUAAGGGGGUGCUUAUUGAACUGGGCGUAAGGGACCACUUCAAUAUUCCAAAAAUACACAGCCUCACCCACUAUAUCAACUCUAUACGCCUAUUUGGUGCCAUGGACAAUUACAAUACAGAGGCAUUUGAGCGCCUUCACAUUGAUUUUGCUAAGGACGCCUGGAGGGCAACUAAUAAAAGGGAGGAGUGCCCUCAAAUGACUUCAUUGGAGAUGACUCAGCUUCCAUUUGACAAGCUUGACAUAUACCAUGGUUUCAAGUUUGUUUUGGAGGAACUAGGGGAGGAUGAAGUUGACAGUAGUAGACAAACUGACUGGAUAAAGGCCUGUCCAAAGACUCAUGGUUCCCAUGGUCAGAAACACUUUGAUACAGUUGUGGCCAUGAGGACGGAUGAGUGCCAAGCUACUGGGGUUCAAGGCAAAAUCGGGCGACUUAGGUUAUUGUUCAAGCUACCCCAACAAUGGUAUACUAUGCUCAAAAAUGUGCCAGAGAAAGAACACUGUAUGUAUGAGGUGAAGAAGAUGCCACUAAGGAGCGGUAAUGUAGUACCAGCAGAUAUCAUUCCUAUCAGCACCAUAUGUCAGACUUGUCAGCUAAUUCCUUGUUUUGGUACUGCUGAUGUUUCCAGAGAAUGGAGAUCAGAAAAUGUACUGGAUCUCUGUGACAGGUUCUUAUUAAAUAAUUGGUCCACCAAGUAUGCAUACAAAACACUGUAUUAG